AUGAAGAUCGAGCAAUAUCUGGAUCCAUGGAUUGAUGGAAGUGAUGUUAAAAGUUUUAGAUCUGUCCUAAAGUUUACUCAGUCCUUUCCUACAGACAAUAACUUUUUAGAGUUUAGAGAGAAAAUUAAAGCAUUCUCAACAAGACCGCCAUUUUGUGUUCCAUAUCAUCAUAAAAUAUUUGAUAGUAUAUCGGUUCCUAUUGAAGCAGCAUAUCUUUAUGAUGCCGUUAUGAUAUAUGCGAGAGCUUUAACUGAAGCACUUGAAAAAAAUGAAGAUCCAUCCAAUGGCACAAAAAUAUUAAAUAAGAUUUUGAAUAGAUCAUACCAUUCGAUAAAAGGAUAUGAUGUAUUCAUGGAUCAAAAUGGAGAUGCCGAGGGCAAUUUUACCGUUGUUUCAUUACUAGAUGAUAAGGAGGUUGAUAGUAAUUUGAGAAUGAGUAUGCAACCAGUUGGCUACUUCCAGUAUAUUUUAAAUGGGAGCAUUAUGUCAGCAUUACCGGAGUUCCGCUAUUUCAAUACCAGUCGUCCAAUUCAAUGGAUAGGUGGCAAUAUACCUAAAGUUGAACCUAAAUGUGGAUUCAAUGGUGAAAAAUGUGUUUAUAAGGUAGAUUGGAGAAUGGUGGCGGGCAUUAUAAUGCUCUCAUCGAUAUUGUUUGUGGGAGGUUUAUUUGCUUUUAAGCAUUAUCGAUACGAGCAGAAACUAGCUUGUUUACUAUGGAAAAUUGAUAUGAGGGAUGUUACUAUUAUACCCAUAGAUGUUACUGUUUCACCAAAUAAAAGCAUGAUACCAGUAUGCCGCCACAACGUUUUUCAAUCUAGUCUACAACAAAGUAUUCAGGACGAGUCUGAAAUAUCGCCAAAGCGAGCUUAUACGAGCAUUGGUAUUUACAGAGGCAAUAUCGUUGCUAUUAAGUACAUUCAUAAAAGAACAGUAGACUUAACUAGGUCUAUAAGGAAGGAACUAAAACAGAUAAGAGAAAUUAGGCAUGAAAAUUUAAUACCGUUUGUUGGUGCAAGUGUAGAUCAUGGUCAGGUAGCAAUAUUAACUGCUUAUGCUGCAAGAGGAAGUUUAGAAGAUGUUUUGGCAAAUGAAGAUCUUCAUUUAGAUACCAUGUUUGUCUCUUCACUGGUUAGUGAUUUACUUAAAGGAAUGAUUUAUUUGCACGAUAGUGAAAUUAUAUCACACGGAAAUUUGAGAUCAAGCAACUGUUUAAUUGAUAGCCGUUGGGUGUUGGAAAUAUCAGACUUUGGUUUACACGAGUUUAAAAGUGGCCAAGAGGAUCCUAAUUUUGCUUUGAAAGAAAUGAGAAGAAUGCUGUGGCGAGCACCCGAACUCCUAAGAAUGCAAUCUCCACCAGAGCGUGGAACACAAAAAGGAGACGUAUACUCCUUUGGAAUAGUUCUAUACGAAAUUAUUGGACGAUCUGGACCCUGGGGAGAUGUUGCUAUGGAAGCUACAGCUAUUAUAAAGGAAGUAGUAAAAGAAAAUCCAGAUGUACCAUUUAGGCCUUCUUUAGAAGGCUUGCGAGUUCCAAAAUACAUUAUAAAUUGCUUAAAAGCUUGUUGGAAUGAAUAUCCCGAACAACGGCCAGAUAUACGAUAUGUCAGAGUGAGAUUAAAAGAAAUGCAGGCUGGAUUAAAGCCAAACAUUUUUGACAAUAUGUUAUCAAUAAUGGAAAAAUAUGCAUAUAAUUUAGAAGGUUUAGUGCAAGAACGUACAAAUCAGCUAACCGAAGAGAAGAAGAAAACAGAUGCUCUACUUUACCGUAUGCUACCAAGGUCAGUGGCAGACGCUUUGAAAAAAGGCGAGAAGGUAGAAGCUGAGUCUUUUGAAUGUGUGACCAUUUAUUUUAGUGAUAUAGUAGGGUUUACGGAGUUAUCUGCCGUUAGUACACCAUUACAAGUGAUUGAUUUGCUCAAUGAUUUGUACACUCUGUUUGAUUCAAUAAUAUCACAUUAUGAUGUUUACAAGGUUGAAACUAUAGGAGAUGCUUAUAUGGUCGUAAGUGGUUUACCAAUUCGCAAUGGUAAUAGACAUGCUGGGGAAAUAGCUUCAAUGGCAUUACACCUUCUUAAAAAAAUACAAAAAUUUGAAAUAAAACAUAAACCAGGAGAUGUAUUUAAAUUAAGGAUUGGUAUUCAUUCAGGUCAUGUUGUUGCUGGUGUUGUCGGUCUCAAAAUGCCAAGGUACUGUUUAUUUGGUGAUACAGUAAAUACGGCUUCGCGAAUGGAGAGUUCGGGAGAACCUUCCAAAGUACAUAUAUCUUAUGCUACCUAUAAACUACUGCAGCAAUUGGGAGGAUAUAUUUGUGAAGACAGAGGUGUGGUAAAUAUCAAGGGUAAGGGUGAAAUGUAUACUUAUUGGUUAUUAGGCGAAGAUCCUGGAAAGAGACUUAGCAGAUUAAAAGAAGAAUUGGCUGGUUCCAAACUAUUUAACAGUAUUAGUUCUGAAAGAAUAUCUCAAUCAGAUUUACUAUAUCCGCCAAGUGAAUAUGUUUACAACAGAGAGAACUUAAUUUUUAAUGGAAGUAAUAGAUAUUCACCCGCGUCAAUAUCGAAAUUGCAUCAACGAGCCAAACAAGCCUAUUGUAGUGAAAAAACAAUACAACAUGGUUGCAGAAGGUAUGGAUCUGCAGUCAGUCAAAGAAGACUACGGCCUUCUAUACACAACGUGCUACAAGAUAAUCCACGUUCUGCGCCAACAAUAACUUUUACGUCAAAUAAUGAAUUUUCGUAA